GAAUGGUGAAAUCGCCAAAGGCCAAUUUUCAGACAGAAACUAGGCGCACAUUGGCCUUUCCGAAUCCGUCUGAGAGGAUUAAGGCUUGGUUUCACAUCUCUGUACGGAAUAAAUACAACGAAAUCAGCUCACUAAUUUGUAACAAACAAUAAUUAAUCUCCAAUUGGUGUCUAUAAUACAGCACGGAAUAGUGGAAAUUCAAAAUAGAGCUAUAUGUCUACAACAUUUGAUCUUGAAGGGCAUUUUCAUGUGUAAUAUUCAAAUAUUGACUGUGGAACGUCAGGUGUGCAUAGCAUUAAUUUGUUGCAGACUGAGUUGGGUUGGGGAGCGCUUUGGUGCGUGUGUCUCAGCUCCAGCACGGUUUAAAAUGACCCGGUCUCUUCCCAGCUUGUGAUUGGUCCAUGAGAAUCCUACCUACGCGCAAACAAAGUAACUGAACGUUGUAUGGGAGUGAUGGUACUCGGGGAAUUCAGACAUAACUUUGCAGAAGGAGAACAAACCCGCUUCUGAAAGAAUAUCCAACGGGUUCCACAUUUAUUGCCUGAAGUUAAAGGUUCUAAAUGUUUAUCAGAAUGAAGAAAUCUGAAGACGGUGGCAGUAAAGUAUCAUUUACCUCAGUUUCCAAUUUUACUAUUCAGUCAAUUCUUGGAACUGUGUCCGAGGACGCGCACAAGGACAGUUGUAAUUCUGUUUCCGACGCGGGGCUGCUGCAGAGACAACGCAUGCGCUCCGUGUCUUCAGAAGGAUUCAGCGGCGGGGAGGAUUCUACAGACUUCUACCCUUUACCUGGAGGAAAGAACCCACGCGAUGACCUCAACGAUCUCACACUUUCUUGUCUAAGUGACAAAAACAGACUAAUUCUGGGGCAAGAGAUGGUGAAGAGACAUCAACUUUUUCAUGAUUAUAAAGAAGGUGACCAGAGAUACUACAACCAAACAUCACCUGCUAUUUCAGAAGAAAAGGGUCAUAUUGACGACGACGAAACAUCCAACUCAUCAAGGAAGAAGUCUCGGACCGUAUUCUCGCGGAGUCAAGUUUACCAACUAGAAUCGACGUUUGACCUGAAACGUUACCUUAGCAGUACAGAACGAGCUAGUCUCGCCUCCAGUCUCCAGUUGACAGAGAUACAGGUGAAAACUUGGUUCCAGAAUCGGAGGAACAAGUGGAAACGUCUGCUUUCUGCGGAGAUAGAUGCGGUGAACAUGGCUCACGCGUCAUCCGCACAAACUCUGGUCGGGAUGCCGUUCUUCUUCAAAGAGAAUUUCCGGCUACGGAUUCCUGUCCCUGGAUCAAUGACUUUCCCUACACCUCUAUGUUAUCCCGGGAGCAACAUGCAAGCUUUACCUUUGUACAAUUUUUAUAAUAAAAUUGAAUAGAAUGAU